CUUCCACUCUCGAACCAACGCUCUCCAGCCCAUGCACAUGCUUACACCGAUGGACGGAGCGCGAGCAAUCGAAGUAGUCAGCUUGAGACCCCGCCUUCCUUCCAUUGCUUCUCCUAGGCAAUUCGUAAUCACCAAGUCUGCGUUGUCAAUUUCCUCCACAAUGCCCAUCGUUCUUAGAUGAUUGAGCUCGGCAUGUUCCCCCUGCCUAGAGUAGCUUUGUAGAAUGGAGAAUAGCUCUAGCUACCUCGUUGCACUCGUCCCAGCCCUUGCAAGACAUCCAGAUCUCGGCGUACAUACGCCCCUCAACUGCUCCAGCCAACCAAUUCACUCUGAGCGCGGGGACAUGCAUACAGCCAGGCCAGCCCGACGUAGACCCACCUCGAGCAGCGCCCACCAAUACAACACUGCAACACCUCCCCGUCCACCACUCACCAGGCGAGGCCCGGCGACCGCAUAUCCGACCCCACACAAGCACAGCUUGAACUCGUCCCGGGAUCGAAAUUGCGUGCGACCUUGCCACCCUAUCCUCCGCCGCCCAUGUGCUUGCGCCUUACCCAGCAUCGCUUUGAUCUCACAUGACGAGCAGUUGAAGCGGAGUGCCAUGUACCAAAAAUCAACGUCGAGCCAUGAUCAAAAUCAAGGUCGACCACGAUUUGAGGACCACAAGGCCGUUUUUUCGGUCAUAUUCGUUGCUAGAACAACGGAUGAUCACAUUGGUAAUUCAUCGACACAGAAGGGCGUAAAAAUCGGCAUUGAGUCUAUUCGCAGGGCUCUAUUGGGGUGGCAGGAGAGGGUCGCAGCAUGGCCGCAGUUUUGGUGUUUGUUUGGAUGGCUGGCGUGGCUUUGUGCACCACGCGAGGCCGUUCUUGGCCAAACAGACAACAACAAAACCUCACCUUUGAAAAACUAUGACAGAGGCUCACACACUCAUCACCUCAUUCUCGAUGAUCGAUGCCUGUUGCCAAUAUCUCAUACCUUGGGAUCAACGUAUCUGGUGACGAGAGAUUCACUCAAUCGCAGGGAUUUCCUUCUUGUUGUGAUGCAACAGGCUAAAGGAGAAACGGACGGACGCCCACUGCACUACCUCGUCAAUGGACUGACAAAUGUUGAGCUCAUCGACACACUGUAGAACGCGAAGACCUAGCCCUAGCGAGAGAACCGGUGAAAGGAUUUCAACAAGCGUCUGUCUUGCCAUCUUGUGACGCGUUUCCUGCAAGUUGUGGCAGGCAUUGCUCGUUGGAACUACGGUAAUAGGUAGGCCAGCCAACAGAUUUACUUUGGUAAAAGCCAUGACUGAUGGC